CCGUGCUAGAGACAGUGAUCAGAGCUGCUGCUGGAAGAGGUGCAGGUCCUCUCUUCUGACUAAAGCGGAGCUUGGAGGCUGCAGGAGGAUGUGGAACCCCAACCAAGGAACACCCGGAGGAGUACCACCACCACAAGUGCAAAUUUGCCCACCUGCCCCGGCAACAUGCCCUGGGUCCUACACGCCACCAGGUCCCUAUCCUGGCUACCCUCCAGCACCAUCUGCCCCCCCUGCAGCCCAUCCCAUGGGACACCCAGGUAGCUACCCCUGUGGUCCCCCUCCACCUGGCCCCUGCCCUCCUGGACAUCACCCCCACAGGCCCCACCAUCCAGGGCAUCACCCCCAUGGGCACCCCCCACCAGGAGUGCAGGUGUGCCCACCGUGCCCAACUAACUGCCAUCAGAAGCAUCAUAAGAAGCACAAGAAGAAACACUCAAAGUCCAGCCAUAAGCACCAUGGAGGCAAGCACUCCUCAAGCAGCUCAAGCAGCAGUUCUGAUUCUGACUAAAGAAGACAGGUCCUACCUGUCUGGCAAUGAAUCAACAGAAAAAAACAAAACAUGAAGAUGAAUGUCCCAUGAGGACUAUCAGUUUGUUCCUUUUGCCUUUCUCUGCAAACUGGAUUUUGCCUGUUGAGUGAUUUUUUUUGUUUUUAUUUUGUAAAUUCUGAAGUCUGGAAUCACUGCAAGAACACAACCAGCAAUUUCUUCCUGUCUUUGGAGAGAGCCCUUGCCUGGAUGAGAGUCAUUCUCAUAACUCUGCUCUUCACUAAAAAUGAUCCAUGAAGAAUGCAGGCAACAGUGCAAGGAAUACCAUGUGAUGAUUUGCAGUUGCUGUUCUGUGUGUGAUUAUCACUGUAUGAUAAUGCUAACUACUAAAAUGGAUCCCAGCACUUGUUAGAGCUCUUUAAAUCUUUCUAUCUGUGGAAGGAGGGUUGACUGGGGAAUUUGGGGGCCCUCCCCUUGCUGAACUGUACAGAUUGACAGGAUAAAAAUUUGGAUAUUUGAAAUAGAAAAAAA